GGUAGCUAUCAUCGUAACCCACUUAAAAACAAGACACCACGUGUAGCAGUAUUGUCCAUAGUACAACACAGAUUCGUAUUCAAAAGCAAAACUCUCGGUAAUGUUAAAUGAAUAGAAUGUAGCUCAGGGACGAGUGGAAGUGUCAGCGAGCGCCUGCGACACAUGAGAACUUAUUUGAAAUCAGAUCAUUAUCAUACGGCGAUACGUAGAGGUGAUUUACAAACACUUUGUGCAGCUGCUGUGAACCAAACAUGAUUCAUGUAAAAAUAGCAUACUAGUAAACCUGUGUAGUGGAGGCAGAAAAGGUCAUCGUCACUGUGGGAAUUCGGUGGACAGGGUCAUGGCUGGCACUGGAGCAAUCCUCUGUGUGAUUAACGUCGCCAUACUAGCCAUUCUGGUUGGACGAUUUGUGUUCCUUAACGACGAUCAGACGGAAGACCUCCCUGUAACCAAGUUUGAAGAAUCUUACGACUACAUUGUAGUCGGCUCGGGUUCUGCCGGGUCUGUUGUUGCUGCCCGUCUAUCGGAAGAUCGUGACGUCACAGUUCUUGUUUUAGAAGCGGGACCGGACGACAGGGGUAACAUUCACCUCACCAUACCAUCUGACGCAGCCGGAUUCCAACACACCAAGUUAGAUUGGGAAUAUUACACUGAACCCCAGCAGUAUCGAGUAUACGUCCCCAGGGGUCGCGUUGUGGGUGGUAGUAGUCAGCUGAACUUCAUGGUACAUGUUCGUGGUAACAGAUUUGACUUUGACAAGUGGGCAGCAAACGGCUGCGAUGGCUGGAGCUAUGAAGACGUUCUGCCAUACUUCAAGAAGUAUGAGGACAUGGCCGAUGAAGAACUAGCGAAAUCGGGCAUUAGAUUAUUGCAAAAGCUGCUAAAGACUGAUGUCCUCAAAAAUAUUGGAGCAAGACUUCAUUCAACGCCGAUGCCACAAUGUACCCAACAUCAGUACGACUCUGACGAGUAUUGGCAGUGUUACGUGAGGGUUUUGACCAUUUGUGCCUUCCAUCAAUGUUGUACGUGCAAAAUGGGUGCACUGAAUGACCCCACAGCCGUGGUUGACCCACAGUUACGAGUGAAGGGGAUCGACGGACUAAGAGUAGCAGACGCUUCUAUCAUGCCGCUCAUCGUGUCAGCAAACACCAACGCAGCCAGCAUCAUGAUCGGAGAAAAAGCUGCCGAUAUUAUAAAAGGAAACAAAUAAUGUGUAUGUUUCGUGGAACUUCCUUUGAUUCCAUGAUCUCAGAGUACCAGUGGAGACCCCUUCCAUUAAAUAUGAUAAUCCAGGAUUUUAUGAGGCCUAUAUUAGGUAUAUAGGAAUUAUGUUCUAAAAUCCUGUGUUAAAAAAACCUCCCAUAAUUGCCAAAAAUUGCAAAACGGGGCCAGACAUUAAUUACUUUCCUUAAGUACUGUAUGUGUGUAUUUGCGGUAGGUAGGCUUACUUGGCUAUAGAUUAUAUUAAUAAGCUAUUGGACUAACGGAUGGUAGGUACUGGGUUCGCACUAAGUGUGAAUUUUAAUGGGGAGAUGUAGUAACAACACACCGAUUUCUCUCUCACGAAACUCUUACAAUUAACCAUUAACCUGCUAUUCUGGACAGACAGCUCUAAUAACUGAGGUGUUUUUUAUCCAGGACAACAUGCUUGAACCUUAAUUGUAUACUGGCAUGACAAUCAAAUGAAAUUGAAAUGAAUUACAGUGCAGACUGAUAGUGGGCGAACUGGCUUGAGGGCUAAACGCCUGGGCAUUCACAGAAGUGAACCGCUUGCUUGAAGCAUAUUAGGAUAAUGUACCAUUACAUUAAAGUGCAUGAUACACUAAAGAUAGAUUAAUUAUCAGAAAGCUAUGGUGCUGUACACAAAUUGUUCAGUAAUACUUCUGUUUAUUAAAUCACGUUAGCUCAGAUAUCUGCCGUAUUGGAAUCUAUAAAGAAUAUCUCUAUUACAUACAGAGAUAGUAUUAACUCUUGUUAUAAUUAUUAGUGGUUCAAUGAAUAUGGUUUUGUUACAUUUUUAUAAACCAGAAUAAACCAUUAUUCCAAUUA